CGAUUUGUUUUGUUUUGCUGCUCAGCUGAUGCUGAUUUUAAUCGCGACUUUCGUUAGACAUCGCAGCCAAAUUAAAUUAGUGGCCCCAUAGCGCUUAAAUUCUGUUCCAAAAAUGCGUCGAAGACAGAUCGACACGUUGAAAAUAUUCAAUUUGAACGUCCAAGAGGUCAAGGAAAACGAAGAGUAUCUGGUCAACUUUGACUCCGGAGGUCGGGAAAUUGCGAUAAACAUUAUCUUAGGAGCCGGAUUUCCCAACGAAAAGCCCAAGCUGAUCGUCAGUCCCAUCUUGAACCAUCCGUGGGUGAAUGCGAAUACGGGCGAGGUUGAAAACGCCCCGGGGAUCUUGAACUACACCAUCCACUCCGACCUGGGCCGCAUCGUGCAGGCCGUCAGCCGCGAGUUCGAGAAGCAUCCGCCGGCGCUGCUCAACGAGUCCGGAUCCAAUUCCCACCAGAACGGUUCCCAUUCCACUACCGAGCAAGACAAGCGAAAUGCCGCCGCAUCGCCCAGCGGAGAACCGGACGUCUUUGGGCUACAAGCGUUAACCCUGGAAGAACUGGCCCGUCUGAACAGUGACGAGGACUAUUUGGAGGGUUUCAUCGAAAAGUUGGGAUUCGUGCAGAAUCAGAGCAACGAGAUGGAAAAUUUGAUGGGACAGAUCGAGACGAUCGCGACGGAAAAUUUAGCUAAGCGGCAGUUGAUUAUGGACCGGCGGGAGAAGUUGGAGAGGAUGGUGCUUGACUUUAAAGAGUUGGGCGAAAAGUACGACGGGAACAAUAGGAAGUUUCAGCAAAAGUCGGAGGAUUUUUCGCCGCAGCAUAUUAAGGAACUGCUGCAGAUUGCCGUGUCUGCGGCGGAUUCCAAGAGUGACGAGGAGGCGCAAAAGUUUCUGGCUGGGGACUCGGAUGUGGGCACGUUUUUGAAUAAUUUUAUUGAAACCCGGAAGAAGUACACAAUGCGGAAGGCCAAAGAGGACCGGCUAGUGCAGCAACUGACCGCGCUGGAACGAUCGGCCGCUUUUUGAGCGGGAUUUCUUGGCGUGAUAGUGAUUAAUAGCAUUCUUUGGUUACUUAUUGUUUAUUAUGAUAUCUAGGUGUAUAUUUAUAUAUUUGUAUGAAAUCGAUCGAAUAAAUCUUGAGCAAACA